AUGGCGAAAGAGUGCGCAAACAGUGGAGAGUGCAGAGAGUUGUUUAUCGAAAUUUCAGGAAAUUCCGCGGAAAAGCACGGGAAUCGGGGUUGGUCGACAUUCAAAGAUCUCUUGGUCAGUAUAAGUUCUCCUAUUAGUAUUUAAAACCGAAACUUUCACCUUUUUCCGACUUUUUUCGAAAUUCGAAAGCCUUGGCAACUUCUGGAAGUUUCCAUAAGGAUUUCCCUCUCCCUCCACGCAGAACGGCCGGAAUUUACGCAGCUGAUUCCCACCGCAGAUUAACAUACUCGCCCGGAAUUGGAGUGAGGUCGGUUUUCGGAAAAUUUCGCGACGUUUUGAGUCGCUGUUUUCACUAAUUUUAAAAAAUUUCAAAAUUUUUUCACUUCAAAAAUAAAUUUUUUUUUUCAGUGGAAAUUACCGUACAUUUUCUUCAUGAACAGGCUGUCCAAACUUCUUCCGAGUCGAAGUUUUGUCAAGCAAAUUCUCGGUGCUGGUAAGUCAUUGCACAGUGCAGAAAUUUCUGAUUUUUGUUUGCACAGUGCGGUCGAUUUUUGGUUUUCGCACGGUGCCAAAAAAUUUUUUUUGAAAUUUUUAAGUGUCAGAAAAAAAUUUUCAAAAUGAAUGAUUGUGUUUUUAGGUGCCUUGGCUUCGACUAGCUCCUGUUUGAGUCAAACUUUCAUCGAGAAAAACGAUGAGAUCGAUUAUCAACGGGUUUUGAACUUCGGACUGGUCACUAUGGCCAUUGUGGUAAGUUUUUUCCGAAAUUUAUUGUUGAAUAAAACUUGUUUUUGCUUUCUAGACCAUUUCGAAGUAUUUCCAAAAUUAAAAUUUUCAAAAUUUGCAUAAUUUUUGCAAAUUUGCAUAAUUAAAAAAACUUGCAUAAUUUUAAAAAUUAUUGCUAGUUAAGACUUUAUUUUGCUUACUAGACCAUUUCCAAGCGUUUUCAAAAAUUCCAUAGUUUUUCAAAAUUUGCAUAAUUAAAAAAUUUGCAUAAUUACAAAAAUUUCUCAUAAAUUAGCAAAAAACUGUCUAAAUUACUCUUCCAGGGUCCCAUCCAGUUCCACUGGUUCCGUUUUCUCUCCCGUUUCAUCGAAGGCACCAGCUUUAAAACCGGUUUCAAGCGAAUGGUCGUCGACCAACUGAUCGCCGCUCCCCUCCUCACUUCACUUUUCCUUUUCAACAUCCAGCUCCUCGAGUCCAAGUCCAUCGACACCUCCAUCAACCGAACCCGCAACGUGUUGGGGGCGGUUAUGACCAACAAUUACAAGCUAUGGCCAAUGGUGCAGUUGAUCAACAUGUCGGUGGUCCCGCUCGAAUAUCGGAUCAUUUUUCUUCAGUUCGUUGGGUUGUUUUGGAAUUGUUACAUCUCUUAUAUGACAAAGAAAUAAAUUAUUGGCAAAUUUACUUUGGAUUUUGAUCGAAAAGCGAACUUUUUCCUCGAGAAAUACAGUUUGAUAGAUAAAACUCGUUGAUAGACCAAAAUUAGGCCGCUGAUUUUUACAUAUUCUGAAUCAGAAAAAUUUUGCGAUUUUUUUGAUACAUCCCUCGACCAGUAACUCCAUUCCCCAUAGACGUACUUUCCUUGUAAGCAAAAAUAAAAACAAUUGCAAUUUGUAUUUCCCGCGCAUUUGGCAAAAUUGAAACGAAAUGCCAAAGAAGGUAAAAUUUCUCAAAAUUCCCGGGAAUUUAGCUAAACGUCUCACAGGAGGCCAAUGUCUGGAGGAAGAACAAUAUUUUAUCGCGAGAAAAACGUGAAAAUCUCGAGAAUUUCAAACGACUCCGGUCCACCUUGAUGGAUAAGAUAAUAUCUGCUCGUUUCUCUGCGAAAAUGUCGAGUUUUGGUCUUGAGUUUGAUGCGAGCCGAAAUGUAUCUUGUGACUACAUAGUUUUUAUUUUGUUUCGAGUGGUUUUGUUUGAGUUUCGAGAAUUGUUUUUCGAAGUUUGAUAAUCUUAUUCAUGGAUAAUAUUUUGAUGGUUUUUUAGAGGGGAACUCUCUUGUUUUUAGCUAAAACAAUUUUAUAUAGCAAGAGAAUUAUAUAGAGAAGUCUUUUAGCAUCUUUUACAUUGAUUUUACUUGUUGUUUUUAAAGUUUUUAUCAAUUUUCGUCAUGUGUAUUAUAAUUGAUAAUAAAAUUUUUAUUUUUUUGAAAAUCUAGUGUAAAAUACGGUGAUGUAGUCUUGGACUGUCUUUAUGUCUCUAUUUUAGCUAUUUGAAACGCGUUGCGUUCAAUUUAGCUUAUAUUUUUGCCAUAAAUAAUAUCAGAUAUUACUUUAGGUGAUGGGUGCCAAAAACCAGAACCAACGGGACUUAAAAGUCCAAGCGGUCAAUGAGAUAGUUGCCAAGCUCAUUGAAGCUCAAAAUGCCGGGCAGUCGGUCAACUUGAACAAACUGAAAUGCGACGUUUCCUCAAGAUUAGGAAUGGACCAUCAGCCAAAGUUGGUGGAGAUAAUUGCGGCCGUCCCCGAAGACUACAAAGACCUUUUGUUGCCCAAAUUGAAAGCUAAACCGGUACGAACGGCGUCUGGGAUUGCUGUGGUGGCGGUUAUGUGCAAGCCGCAUCGUUGUCCGCACAUUAAUUUCACCGGGAAUAUCUGCGUCUAUUGUCCUGGAGGGCCGGAUUCGGAUUUCGAAUACUCAACGCAAAGUUACACUGGAUACGAACCGACAUCUAUGAGAGCGAUCCGAGCCCGAUAUAACCCAUAUAUCCAGACAGUAAACCGAUUGGCUCAACUCAAACAACUUGGCCAUAACAUAGAUAAGGUAAGGUAAUUUCUGAAAUUAUUGUUUCCGCUUUUAGGUUGAAUUCAUCAUAAUGGGUGGAACAUUUAUGUCCCUGCCCAAGGACUAUCGUGACAAUUUUAUUUCCAACCUUCAUGAUGCGUUGAGUGGACAUAUCAGCUCUUCCGUUGCGGAGGCCGUCAAGUUUAGCGAAGUCAGCGAUACGAAAUGUAUUGGAAUCACGAUAGAGACUCGUCCCGACUACUGUCUACCUCGGCAUAUGGACGAUAUGCUGGCGUAUGGCUGUACUCGACUGGAAAUUGGAGUUCAGUCAGUUUACGAAGAUGUGGCCAGAGAUACGAAUCGGGGACAUACGGUGAGGAUUGGGGGUGAAAUGCGAAAACAAGGAUUUAUCUAAAAUUUAAGAGGUCUUUUGCAGCUAAUGAAGGAUGUUUGAGAUAAUUUUUGAGAAAAAAAUUGGAAUUCAGGAUGUUACACUAGACAAAAUUUUCAAAAAUUUUAAGUUUUUUGAUCAAAAAACCUUUUUCAGAGUAGUGAAUGUAUAUCUACUUUGUUAGAAAUGUUUUUUAGAGUCUAAUUGAUCUAUUUUCAGGUGAAAGCGGUCUGCGAGACCUUCCACAUGGCCAAAGAUACCGGCUACAAAGUGGUCAUCCAUAUGAUGCCCAACCUCCCCAAUGUGCCCAUCGAACGUGAUCUGGCGCAAUUCGUGGACCUUUUUGAAGACCCGGACUUCCGACCCGACGGCCUAAAGCUCUACCCAACUUUGGUGAUUCGAUCCACAGGCCUCUACGAGCUUUGGAGAACCGGCCGUUACAAAUCCUAUCCCCCUCAAGUCCUGGUGGAUCUGGUCGCCCAAAUCUUGGCUCUAGUGCCCCCGUGGACUCGUGUUUAUCGAGUGCAAAGGGAUAUCCCGAUGCCUCUGGUGUCGUCGGGCGUGGAAUACGGCAAUUUAAGGGAGCACGCCCUCGCCCGAAUGGAACAAUUGGGCCUGAAAUGCAGGGAUGUGCGAACAAGAGAGGUCGGAAUCACCGAAAUCCAUCAAAAAAUCCGACCGGAUCAAGUGGAACUCGUGAGACGAGACUACUACGCUAAUAAUGGAUGGGAAACCUUCUUGACGUAUGAAGAUGCCGAACAGGUAUGAGCUGUUUUUAUAUUGUACUUGGCUUUUAGGUGAAGAGUCGGAAAGAUUUGGAAAUUUUGAAGGAUUUUUGGAAAAAAUUGAAGGGGAAAUGGAUGGUAUAAGAAAGUGUAUGGAAUUUUAUAGUUGAUUAUGGAGAUUGGAGAGGUCUAUAUUGCUUUAGACAUCAGAAAAUUUAAUUUUUUUUUGGAAAAAUGGAGAAUUUUGAAAUUUUUUUGGAUUUUGGUGGUUUUUUGAUGUUUUGACGAAUUUAAAAGGACCUGAACGAUUUUAUUUGAUAGUUUGAAGGGUGUGGGAGAGUUCUACAUCAAGUGUAACGUAAUUUUUUUUUUCAAAAAAUUAAGAUUUUUUAGGAAAAGUUUGAAGAAUUUUGGGUAAUUUCUAUAAAUUUUGGUUGAUUUCCAUAUGGAUUUUCAAUUUUUCGACCUCCAAAUGAUGCCAUUCAGCAUCUACCAUCCUGACUUUCUAUUCAAGAACCCUAAAUUCUCCUUCAACUUUUAAUUUCUCUAAUUUUCAGGACAUUCUAAUCGGCUUGCUUCGCCUCCGAAAAUGCACAGACAAGGUCCAUCGAGAGGAAUUGAAGGUGGGGAUAUAUUUUUGUUUUGAGAUUUUAAGACUUUUUGACUAGAAUGUACAAAUUUUUUGAUGAUUUUGUCACUUUGAGUUAUUAGCUUCAAAAAAAAUUUCGAAUUUUAAACCGGGAUUAGCCCCGAAAUUCUUUGGCUUUGUACGGAAUUGUAAAGAAAAUCCAUAGAAAUUACUCUUGAAUGGACGAAAAGUCCAGGAUUAUGCCAAAAUUUCAUCUUUUUUGUCAGUCUUUGUCAUGGAUAACAUAAAAAUUUUGGAAAUAUGAACGGCUUUUGCGAUUUUGAGAUGCAUUUUUGGAAGGUUGUUCAGUAAUGGCACAGAAAGUUUGAAAAUUUUUUGUGAAAUACGAAAAAAUCGCAGAAAAAUAUUUUGAAAAAAUUGGAUUUGAAUAAAUUUUUUUUGGGUAGUCUAAAAUAAAAUGUCGAAGGACCAAACAUAAGCCCCUUGACCAGAGAUCUGUCGUCGAAACGACCCCACUGUCAGCGAAACGGAUUCCCCUCCAUUAGCGAGAUUUCUUUCCAGUUAUAUGAUAUAGAUUGGUGCGGGGGAAAUCAUCCGAAUACAAGGAAAUUUGUAGUCUAAAAAUAGAUGGGGUUACUGUAAGCUGAAUGGGGAGGUUUUGUGGAAAUGUUUGGGGAGUAAAAAAAAGUUUUAUGGUCUCUUUUGGAGAUGCUGCCCAAGUGUAAUAUAAAAUUUUGAAAUUUUUUGGAUUACUGUUGUGAAUUUGUGUUCAGAUGGAAGAAAAAGUGUUAUAGUAGUAUGCUGGAAGCCUUUUUCACCGCGAUUUUUUGGAGGAAAUUUGAGAUUUUUCGGAGGUUUUCCAUAUCAAUCAAGUGUUAUAUAAAAUUUCGUAAGAAGCUCAUGUUUUUGUCAAAAAUUUGUGGUGAGAAGGUGACGCGCGAUUACUGUGGUCUAUUUGAAGCCCUUUGGUUGCGAUUUUUUUGUUAAAGUUUGAGAUUUGUUCAUCUCGAUCAAGUACAGUGGCGGACCUGAUCCAGUGGCAAAAAACGUAUCAUUUUACAUCUAGGAAGUAUCAAAAAAUGUGGUGAAAUAGCUCCUUCUCCUAGUGAAAAAACUUCGUUUUGAAGGGCGCCCUUUCCUUCACAAAAAGAGCGAGCGCACUUUUAAAAUCGGAGUUUUUUCACUUGAAGAGGGAGGUAUUUUGCUACAUUUUUUGAUACUUCCCGGAUGCAAAAUUAUGCGUUUUUUGCCACUGGAUUAGGUCCUCUACUGUAAUUGAUCGAGGAGAAAAAAUCUCAAAACUCUAACAAAAAAAUCGCAACCAAAGGGCUUCGAAUAGGCCACAGUAAUCUCUCGUCACCUUCUCACCACAAAUUUAUGACAAAAACAUAAGCUUCUGACGAAAUUUUAUAUUACAUUUGACUGCGGUAGAAAAACUCCAAAAAAUCUUAAAUUUCCCUCGAAAAAAUCGCGGUAAAAAAGCUUCCAGCAAACUAUUAUAACACCUUUUUUUCAUCUGAACACAAAUUCAAAACAGCAACUCAAUCGCUCGUCACUUUUUUACCAAAUUUUUGACAAAAACACUGUAUAAUAUAAAAUUUCCACAGAUCUCCGCUAAUUUCCAAAAAUUUCAGGGCGCAACCUCGGUGGUCCGCGAACUGCACGUCUACGGCACCUCGGUGCCGGUCGCCUCCCGCGAUCCCACCAAAUUCCAACACCAGGGCUACGGCAGCCUGCUGAUGGAAGAGGCCGAACGAAUCGCCCGCGAAGAACAUUUGUCCACGAAAAUAGCCGUCAUUUCCGGAGUGGGCACCAGACACUACUACCGGUAAGCGCAAAUUGCAAAAUCCCUCGUAAGCAGCAUGAAAUCGGGGGGAGCUCGGGGACUUGCUAAUGCCCAUGGAUAAGAUGCCGGUUUAUGGGGAGUGGAUGCAUUUUAGAGCGGGCAGAUUGGUGGUAGAAUAUUUAGCAAGGCUUCAAGGAGGAAAUGGAAUGAAUUUACGGGAAAAAUAGGCGUCUUAUCGAUAGUUAUGAAUAAUUUUUGGAUUUAGUAGCUAUGAAUAAUAUCGGAAGAAAUUAAGCUUGAAAAUAAGCGUUUUUGCUUUGCAUUCUGAUAUCGUAGAGGUAAAAAUAUAUCUAUAUUUUAAUUUGAACAUCAAAAUGGUACAGAAAAAUUAUUAUUUUUUGAGAAUCGAGCCUUUUUGACCUUAUUUUAGGCAAAAUUCCCACAGUUUUGCCAUUUUUUGUCCGAAAAAAGACAUGGAUUAUGGCGUCCGCUCGAUUACAUUGCCUAUUAUCCUGCCUGGAGCCGGGCAGACCGCUUUUAAUUCCUCGGAAAGUCUCUAAACCUCACGAAAAACGAAGAAAAUUAGUUUUUGCGCUAUUUCAGGAAACUCGGCUACGAAUUGGACGGUCCAUACAUGAGCAAGCACCUGGUUUAA